UGUGUCACGUGACCGCCCUGGGCGCUCCGCUGUGCACCUGCACGGAGGGCGGCUGGAGGAGGAGUGCAGUUUGGAUGCUUGUGGGCUCGAGUCCGUGCUGUUGUUUUCUCCAAGUUCUUCCAUAGAAGUUUAGGAAAGUGCUGCUGACGUUCCUUCCGCAGAGAUGGCGCCUUCGACCCGGUGUGUGUGCGUGUUGCCGCUGAGCCUGCUGGCAGGUUUUGCCUUGGGUCUGCAAAUCACAUCUCCAGGAGGGUCAUCCAUAGAUAAACCCAGUGGAGGGAGUGUGUCACUAGACUGCCAGUUUGUACUGGCCUCUGGUGAUUCUGGACCACUGGAUAUCGAGUGGAGCUUGGUGGCCCCUGACAAUCAAGAAAAUGAUCAAGUGGUGAUUAUGUACUCAGGUGACAGGACGUAUGAAGAUUACAACCCCCUCAUGAAGGGGAGAGUGCACUUCAACUCAGCCGACCCAAAGAACGGCGAUGCUUCAAUCAGCCUGACGGGACUGAAGUCGACUGACUCUGGCACGUAUCAAUGCAAAGUGAAAAAGGCUCCAGGCAUCGACAACAGGAAGAUGAUUCUGAGGGUCCUGGUGCGGCCAGCCAAGCCACGUUGCCACAUUGAAGGUCCUGCUGAAGAAGGUAAAGAUGUUGUCUUGAAGUGCACCACUAGCGAUGGAUCCCAACCUUUAAAGUACACCUGGGAGAAAAUCAGUGGGAACAAGAUUCUACCUGCCUCUGCUGUGUUAGAUCCUUCGGGGGGCACAGUUAUUGUGAAGAAUGCAUCUGCCAGCGCAUCUGGUACCUAUCAUUGUGUCGUCGCUAACAGUGUCGGCUCAGAGGAGUGUACACUACAGCUCAACGUGGCACCCCCUCAGAACACUGCAGGCAUCGCCGCUGCAGUCAUUAUUUCCAUCCUCUUGAUCCUCAUCAUCAUUGGCAUCAUCCUCUUCUGCCUCUGGCGAGCUCGCAACAAGAAGAAGUAUGACAAGGAAAUCUGCAAUGAGAUAAGGGAGGACGUCCCUCCUCCUACCAAUCGCACUUCGAUGGCACGCAGCUUCACCGUCGGCAGUCAGCGCACCUCUGUUGGAUCCAUGUCCCCCUCCAACAUCUCAGAGUUCCACAUAAAGUCCCAGUACGGCAAGGUUCCCUUAUCCGAGGAGUUCGAGAGGCCUCCAAGCCACAACCCCGCCCCCCCGCCCGCGGUAUCCCGGAUGGCUGGGGCUAACAUCAGCCGCAUGGGCGGCAUCCCCGUCAUGAUCCCCGCCCAAACCAGAGACGGCUCCAUCGUCUAGCAUGCUGGUGAGGGAGCCUGGAUUAAGGGGAGGGGUGUGAAGGCGGACAGACUCUGAGCUACUCAUGAAGUACCAACCUCCUAUGAAGACUGAAGAGACUGUCUUCAUGAAUUACAACAGAUCUUUCACUUUUUAUUCAAUUCAAACACCUUCAGAAAAAAAGGAAAAUGAAUUUUAUGCAUUUAUGUCUGGAGUUUCUCAUGUAACAGUGAAUUGGAGCUGAAACAAAAUGAAAUGUUGAUGAACCAACUAUUUUGUAAAUAAGCAAAUGCAUGCUUUUUUAUGUAGAUGUCUUUUGUAGAUAUGCUGUGUGUUCCAAAACAAAUCUGCAGGCGUGUGCCGACCGCUGCAGCUGAUUGGGAAGAGCAGACUAAACGGGAUUUUCUGAAGACCAAUCCUUAGUUUUUCUGUUUUCAGUGCUGUGAUCAUCUGACUUUGGUCCGACCUUUACUGGCUUUUAGAAUGUAGGAGAACAAAGUAGGAUUUGAUGCGCCCCCUGUAGGUCAUCUGGGCCGUUACGGUCUCAAAUACACAGCCUGCGUCGGUGUGUGUGGGGGGGGGUUGAGGGGUCUUAACUGGCUGGUUCUGUCCUGGACGCCAACUGAUUAAGUCAGUUAUUUUGUUUUUGAUCUAGCUUAGGCCCAAGCGUCGUCUGUCCUCCCCACCCCCACUUAGAAAGUUUAGACGGGGGGUGCAGCUGGAUAGCAGGGUUCACUGAGCAAUCCGCCAUGAUUAAGUUUGACUGGUUAAAAAGCCGCCAAUCCCAGUGGCCACCGGGACAAACGGCCUCUCCAAACCAGCAGAACUGAAGCUCAGUCGAUGGGUGGAAUCCCUCCACACUGCAGUGAACAAUCUUGAUGAAUCUCUCUCUGUUCUCAGUGUUAAACCUUCUUAGGCUUAUGUUGAUUGGAGGUUCUGCUGAAGGACGUUGAUGAAGUUCCCACAGAGCAGCGAGCGAGCAUCAGAAUACUUCUUCCUGUUUCUCUGCUGCUCCAGCACUUCGCUUUACUCUUCAUUUGAAGUUUUAGUUGUAGUAAAGGCCAGUCUGGGUCCUUCUGGGUUGUUUCUGUCCCUCUACAUGCCUGUCCCAGAUGAAUAGACCAUCUCUCUACCUAGUAAAUGUGGACAAACUGUUCAUUUCUGCUCCGAUGCCUUAUUUUGUCCUUAAUGUCAGCCUUACUGAUCCCCCUCCUGUCACCUCCGCUCAGCUGGAUUUUAAUGACUUCUUUUGUGCCUUGUUGCUCCACUUAGGUUUGGUCUCAGCAUAUCGGCCAGUCUGCUCCGUGCAGGAGCAGCAUCAGUGUCUCAGACAGCAAUAAUCCUCACUGCAGUGUAGCUGCUGCCGGGUUUGUCUUGCCUUGACGAGGGCUGCUCUUGGAUUCCUCACCUCAGACUUUAGCUUCAUUUGAUUCGUUACGGUUUGAAUCUUCUGUCUGUUCUGCUGGUUUUGUUGUGUUGUUUUGGUAAGUGAUGUACUUUAUUUUAAAUGGAAGAAAUGCUUGUGACUUCAUGACCUUUCCGAACACUGAAGGAGUGUCCAGGUUUCUGUAGAUGCAUGUGGAACACUGGCUGAUGUCCUGCAGGAGUUCACAGCAGUGUGUCCUGUCUCUCGUUUGUAGCAGCAGUACAGGUGAGUCCGUUGUGUGAAUGUUUGUGUGGAACAUGAAGGCAAGAACGGAGCUCCUGUAGAAAUGAAGUUAUUCUGCUCCUGCUAGGAAAUGGUUUGAUCCUGUUACUGCCCUUUCAACUUUAAGGCAUUAUCCUCAAAUGCUAUUAACUAUAUUAACGGCUUUGAAAAGAAACGCACUAAUACUGUAUGAAGGUCUCAUUGAGGUACCCCACUGUUUGUUUUUUGUGCUGUAUUUUUCUGUAAUAAAAUUCAGUGAAACACUUGA